GUUGAAUAUGAAACAGACAGCAACUGUAUUGUAGUGGGUUCUGUUCAUGUUUAAAGGUAGGUCGCCUGUUCGAGCCUCGAGCACAGUGACUGACAUACUGUAGCAGCCAUGGAUGAAGACGAAGAAAAGCUUCGUAUCAUGCGGAAGGCGUUCGCUAUGUGUGACACUACCAAGUCCGGCUACAUAGAAACAACCAAGAUUGCCAGCAUUCUCAACACCAUCGGUCAAGUGUUUGACGACGAAGAGCUUCAGGAACUCAUUGAGGAAGUUGAUGUUGACGAGAGCGGCAGAGUAGACUUUGACGGGUUUUGUCAGAUCGUGAGCAACUUCCUAGAAGAGGAGGAUGCAGAGGCGAUGACAGCAGAACUGAAAGAAGCCUUCAGACUGUACGAUAAGGAAGGUAACGGAUACAUAACCACAGCUGUACUAAGGGAGAUUUUAGCAGCGCUAGAUGACGCUCUCAAACCAGAGGACUUGGACGGGAUCAUCGCUGAGAUAGAUACUGACGGUUCUGGCACCGUGGACUUUGAUGAGUUCAUGGAGAUGAUGACUGGAGAGUAAUUGAUGUCAUCUCCUCAUCGCUCAUCAUCUUCAGGUGAUCAAUCAAACCUGACACAUCGUGGUCGCUCACUAUCUACCGCUGGACAUUACAGUGUCAAUCCAAAUACAACGUGCUACUUAUAA